AAGAGCUUGCAGUUCGAUCAGGGUUAAGUGCACCAGUGACGUUUUUAUCCGUAGAGACCCACGGGGGGCGAAACAGGCUUCCGGCCGCCGGGCUUUAGGCCUUAACGGAGUGAUCGAUGUUGCGUAGUGCCCCUCGGGGGGACGAAGAAGCCCUGAUCGCUGCGAGUUGGUGUUUUCGAGGUACACAGUGCUCCCCGGGGAGACGAAAAGCUCCAGUGACAACGUUUAAGAGCCAUAGAGCCUCCCGGGAGGACGAAGAUGUGGGUGGUUGGGUGUUUUGGUACAAAUUCUCGAUCCGCCCCGUUCCUGCUUGGGCGCAACGGAGUGAAACCUCGGGGCCCGCAGCUCCAACCCCUGGCACCCUGGUACGGGUCCGCCACGCGGGGGAGGCGAUGCGGGGGAAAUCGAUGACCUCCCACCCCGGGCACCCUGGAUGCGGGUCCGCCACGCGGAGAAGGGCGGAAAGUAUCACCGUCGGAAGGAGAGCCCUCGGACUAGGGUUCGUUGCUGGAGGAUCCUCGGACUGGCAACUCCCAACCCUGGCACCCUGGGCCGGGUCCGCCACGCGGGGGAAAGCGUCGCCAAUCCUCACGAAGGUGCAGUACGAGGAAAACAGAGAGGUUCCAAUUCCUGGCACCCUGGACGGACAGGUCCUUCACCGUUAGGAGGCGGGAGGAGGCUUCAAUCCUGUCGUGUUUCGCCAGCUUUUCGGCCACUGGUACCCUGGAGACGGGUCCACCAGAGGCUGCCUUCGGUUGAUGUUCCUGGGGUGCUGAUGAUUGUGGCCCGGGGGGCCUGUAUGCUGCUGCGUC